AUGGGCUUCAGAGAGAAAGUUGAGAAAUGUUGUACAAAUCCCGGAGCGUGCUUAACGAUUUAAUGGGAGACGUUUAAUCUAAACGACAUACUAGAUAACUUAGGCAUACGUAUCUGCACUGAGUAUUGAAUAUCAAAUGUACUUAUUGAGAUCUCUGGAAACCAUGUCAGGCACGAGAUGCAUGUUGAUCAUCAGACACAUGGAUGUCAAAAUGUGUUCUAAGUUUAAGAUAGGUCAAAUGAAGAGAGACUUGUCAUCAGCUGCUCACAAGCUACAACCAUGUCUCACGAAGUCUGACACUCAUACAAUCGUUAAAAACAGACACUUCAGUUUACAAACAUCACACAAUCCACGUGAAAUAAUGAAAACAGGUCCCCCUGAACUACGAAAGUGUAUACGCACACUGUACAGUCUGGUACAGCCUCAGAAAGUAACCAGUGUCUCCCACGUUCCUGAUCACAUCAAGAGACCAAUGUAUGUGCUGACAGGGAAGGUUCCUGUGGCCAGCAAGCCGAUUCCACUGAAGAACCAGACCCAGAUAGAUGGAAUGAAAGCAGCCUGCUCCUUGGCAAGUAACAUCCUAGCAAAGGCAGGAGAAGCUGUCAGGACAGGUGUAACAACAGAUGAAAUCGACCAACUUGUCCACAGACUGGCCAUAGAGAACAAUGCAUAUCCAUCUCCGCUGUUGUACAAGGGCUUCCCAAAGUCUGUGUGUACCUCUGUCAACAAUGUUGCUUGUCACGGCAUCCCUGACAGUAGACCCCUGAUGGACGGAGACAUCAUCAACAUUGAUGUGACAGUGUACUUGAAUGGUUACCAUGGUGACUGCUCGAAGACAUAUCUGGUUGGCAACGUUGACAGGGGAGGUCAGUUGUUGGUUGAUGUUGCAAGACGUUGCCGAGAUGCAGGGGUUGCUGUUUGUAAACCAGGUGUCAGAUUCUGUGAAAUAGGCAAUGCAAUCAGUUCUGCUGCUCACAGUGCUGGAUUCUCUGUGAUUCCUGAAUUCUGUGGACAUGGAAUAGGAGAAAACUUCCACGAAAAGCCUGAUAUCCUCCACUUCGAGCAUCAUGAUGAGGCUGUCAUGGCACCUAGGAUGACUUUCACUGUGGAGCCAAUUAUUUGUUCCGGACAACCAGACUUCCGUAUCUUAGAGGAUGGUUGGACGGCGGUGACACUGGACAGCUGCCGGUCUGCCCAGUUUGAACACACUGUUCUAGUCACAGAGGAAGGGGUGGAGAUCCUCACACUGUGAUAUCUUUAGAGAAAAAUAAAUUUAUAGUUUUGAA